UCCACACUUCAAACCCGCCAAAAUGUCAUACUAUUUCACAAUCCUCUCGCCAACGGACACACCCAUCUUCAAUAUCGCAUUUGGCACAUCAAAAGGUGGCGGCGAUGGCAUUGCGCGGUUUCGCUUUCCGGAUACAGCCCAGUACAUGAACCAGUUCAUCAUCCACUCCAGCUUGGAUAUUGUGGAGGAAGCUCAAUGGACGAAUGGCGCAAUGUACCUCAAGCACAUUGACACCUAUCCCCCCGCCGCAGCCUACAUCUCCGCCUUCCUAACACCGAGCGGCGCUCGCUUCCUGCUCCUCCACCAACCUCCACAACUUCCCAACUCCAGUAGCAGCAGCGGACUCGGAUCAUCGUCAUUGCUGGGCUCGUCCAGUAACCUAGCGCGCGGCUCGGCAAGCUCCAUUGCGGCGAAUCCGACAUCUCCACAAACCGAAGAGGCCGUGCGCCAAUUCAUGAUGGAGGUCUACGAAAGCUAUGUCAAGACGGCGAUGAGUCCUUUCUACAAGCAAGGAAUGGAGAUCCGGAGUCCCGUUUUCAGGACGAGAGUUAAUGCCGCGGGGAAAAAGUGGCUUUGAGUGCAUUGAAUUUCUAUUGUUGUACACGGGACUUUAUCAGCGUGGUGUUUACGGCGUGUGCAUGAUUCUACUAUAAGAUGGGGGAGCUGCGACUGCUAUCUAAAAGAAUCCCAUACAUAUCAUAUCUACAAAGGACUUGAUUUCGAACCAUCCAGCUUGCAGUUAUGUAUGAUACCCAGAAAUUAAAACCAAAAUGGAACAGCAACUAUGUUUUGCAAAGCUGUGUUAAGAUCUUUUUUGGACCGUCGAAAACACGAAAGAGAAACUUCAUUGCGACCGAAAAUCCGAGCCUCGCUAAAAUCCGACAAUUGAUAGAGAAAAAAUGGUUACCUAGAAAGCAAAGACCCGAUAUGGAGGUCAGGCUCGACGCGCUGUUCAGUCGCACGCUGUACCGUCCGGGCAAAGAAUCAUGAGAACGAAGAAUUGAAACGCCCUCGCCUUGAGAAGUGAACGCCAGCAUUUUUCUCCCUUUUCCCAGCAAUUCUUAGUCAAAUCCCGCUAAAGAAAGGGGACGGUGAAUGAUUCCACGUGAAGACUUAACCUGCCAUCUGAGGGGUUUGCUUCUUCAUGGUAGCAGCCUUGAAAUUCUCAACGCCCUGAAUCACAUCCUCAAGCUUGGCGACGGCGCCGAAAAUGCCACCUUCCAUCUUGACGGACUCCAUGGUUGCAGUGUGAAGACCCGGCUCAGCGGCCGCAGUGCCAUCAUCCAGGACCACACAGUCGAAUCCACGGUCGUUAGCCUCACGCAUGGUUGUUGAGACGCAGACAUCAGUUGUGACGCCAGCAAUGACGAUGUUCUUGAUAUUCUUGAUGCGAAGAAGGAGCUCAAAGUCGGUGUAUGUGAAAGCGCCGCGGCCAGGCUUGUCGAUGAUGGGCUCACCCUGAAUUGGGUACAGUUCAUCAACAAUAUCGUGACCCAUCUCGCCGCGGAUCAGCAGACGGCCCAUAGGGCCGGGAGAGCCAAUCCCGAGGCCAGUAGCGUUGUUGCGCGAACGAUAAGCCUCACGACUGGAGAGAGUAGAUAAGUCUGGUCGGUGGCC